GCCUUCAAUAGCCUCAAAAUUCUAUAACCCAACAAUCCUCAAUAGUCGAUGGCUCGUCAUGGUGUUUCAGGUCUAGUUGGGAAACUUGUAACUGAAUUGGAGGUCAAUUGUGAUGCUGACAUAUACUAUAAAACCUAUAGGAAGCAUCUAGAAGCCCCAAAUAAGGCUGUUUCUAAUGUUUACACUGGUGUUAAAGUAGUAGAAGGAGAUGAACUCCGUCCAGCUUGCCUCAAAGAAUGGUGCUAUGUUGUUGAUGGUAAGACAAUGACCGCUAAGGAGGAAUCAACAUGUGACGAUGAAACAAGGACCGUAUUGCACCACAUAGUUGAAGGAGAUGUGAUGAAGGAUUACAAGAAGUUCGAUGAGAUCGUUGUAGCUACACCAAAGCCUGAUGGACAUGGAAGCAUUGUAUCUAUAUCUAUAUUGUAUGAGAAAAUGAAAGAGGAUUCUCCAACUCCAUUUGAUAUGCUAAAAAGCGUCCAUCAGAGCAUAAUAGAUCUGAGUGCUCACAUCUGCGCUUCUGAGUAAAAUAUGUCUUGAACGUUUGGUGUCCCAUAUGUACGUCAGUACUUGUUUAUUUGUUUGUGUGUUAUUUGCAUGAGCUCGUUGAUCUGUAUUUCGUUUUUUCAAUCAUUUUUUUUAAUUUCUUUUUCUACUUUUUCACUUUCUGUUUCUGUUUUUCUUUUAUUUUAUUACUAAUAAAUAUUUUGCUUAAGAGUUUCAAGGA